AUGGCAGAGAUUGUCCCAAGUGUACAACACUAUCAGCUUCUUUACUAUGCUUCUUACUCGUUUGAUUCCUGCUGCUUUAUUGGCUUUUCUUCUGAGGUCCUCUGUACCUCGCUUCACAAUCGGUGGGUGUUCCCUGAAGGAGCCGGCAAUGUCAAGGAGAUCAAGUCCUCUGUUCGCGUGCCUCAUGGCUCUGAUCCCGAGCACGCUUACUGGAUGGCUAAUGGAUUCAAUCAAGGCUUGUUUUAA